AUGCGAGUAUCUGUCAUUCAGGAUCUCAGGGAGGAUGAAAAUGAGGAUGAGGAAGAAGAAGAAAAGGUCUUCCUCAAGCCUGUUAUUGAGGACAGAAACAUGGAACUGGCCCGAAAAUGCAGUGAAAUCAUAAGUGAUAUACACUAUAAAGAAGAGUUUAAAAAAUCUAAAGGCAAGUGCAUAUUUAUACCUGACACCCCGCAGCUAAAACAUGUUAAAAGUCUUGGUGCUUUUAUUUCCGAGGUGAAGUAUAAAGGGGCUGCUAAGAAAGACCUUUCCAACUCUCUUUAUCAGCAGAUGCCAGCCACAAUUGACAGUGUAUUUGCAAAAGAAUUAACGCAACUUCAGAGCAAGGUUCUCUAUAAACAAAAACAUGAUGCUGAGAAAGGAACUUCAGAUUACGCACAUAUGAAGGAGCCUCCAGAUAUUAAGCAUGCCAUGGAAGUCAAUAAAUACCAGAGUGAUGUAUCCUAUAAGAAGGAUGUGCAAGAUACUCAUAGAUACACUGAAGUGCUGAACAGGCCAGACAUCAAGAUAGCAACUGAGAUAACAAAGAUAAUAAGUGAUGCUGAGUACAAGAAAGGAAGGGGAGAGAUGAAUAAGGAGCCUGCUGUACUUGGAAGACCAGAUUUUGAACAUGCUAAAGGGGUUUCAAAACUGUUAAGCCAAGUGAAAUACAAGGAGCAGUUCAAUAAGGAAAUGAAGAACCACCAGUACAAUCCUCUUGACAGUGCUUCCUUCAAGCAAGCACAGAUUGCGUCCACGUUGGCAAGUGAUGUGAAUUACAAGAAAGAUUUGGAAAGCCUACAUGAUCCAGCUUCUGAUCUACCAAACCUGCUAUAUUUAAACCAUGCUUUAAAUAUCAGCAAAACACAUAGUGAUUAUGAAUAUAAGAAAUCAUUUAAGCAAAGCAAGGGCUUCUAUCGUUUCACCCCAGAUACAGCUGAAUAAAUCCAUCACAAAGAAAAUACAGUGCUUCAAAGUCAGGUCAAGUACAAAGAGAAUUACGAAAAAUCUAAAGGCAGAUCAAUGCUGGAGUUUGUGGAUACACCAAUGUAUCAAGUUUCAAAGGAGGCUCAAAAGAUGCAAAGCGAGAAAAUGUAUCGCAAAGAUUUUGAAGAAGGGAUCAAGGGAAGACCCUCAAUGGAUUUAGACAAGACGCCAGAGUUCUUGCAUAUAAAACAGGUCACUAACCUUCUGAAAGAGAAAGAGUAUAGAAAAGAUUUGGAAGAAGGGAUGAAAGGAAAAGGAAUGACAGUGUUUGAAGAUACACCAGAUUUGAUUAGAGUGAAAAACGCAGCUCAGAUACUAAAUGAG